GUUCAGAAAACUACCCUUAACGCGGGGUCUCAUACGUUCGCCGGAGUAAUUUAUAAUUGAGUCGCGAAUACGCGAAUAGAGAGAAAUUUCGAGACUCGCGUUCACCCUGAAUCCUUCCUGUGAUACUCGAAAACGUGAAACUUCUGCCACGACGGAUCUUCUUGAUUUUGCACGAGGAACGUACACGGCAUUAUUUAGAGUUUCACGCCGUGUAGAGAGACAGGCAGACACCGAAAUGCGUAGGGGUAGCUGCCGAGAGAUCUAUCGUUGUUAAAAAUUUACGUGGUGUAUUUCGACCCGAAAAGUCGAAUGACAAGAGUGGGAAGGAUAGUCGGGGACGCGAACGUUCGCGAAUUCGAGAAACUGAAUUAAGUCCACGUCGACGUCAGGCACAGCGACGCCGAAGACAAGAGAGUGGCGCAACGAGAAUCACUCCGGAAGAUAUACAAAUGCAGCGGAAAACACCGUGGAAAAUAUACCUACAGCGAUCGGAUGGUGAGAACGUAACGUCGCGUGCGGCGAGGAUGGUAGCACGAAACAAGAUUCGAAGGAGCUCGUAGUCGCGAGUGCAACGAACCGGGCUCUAUAUAACUGCCGUACAAAUAUCAUCACGCGAGCCACUAUUAAUCGUAACUCUUGUCGUCUUGUUUCUCUCUCGCAAGAUUUUUCUGCCCGACUCUUCGCUGGGCUCCGUUCGAUCGUUAAAACAGAACGUUCGCAUUUUCUUGGCGAAAAAUCGAAGAGAACGUCCUACGUUUUGCAACACCUCGCCAUUGUUUCCACCGUGAAAAGGACUGCGUCGGAGUGCAUCGGUUUCAUCCAGCAAGCAGUUCUCCAUUUUCAGCGUUAAAGAAGUUACAUCAUAUACUUUCUUCAAAGAAUCAAAAGAAAAAGAUCAGAAGCAGCGGGUGGAAAAUGAAAAGUCUAUUCGCUUGGUGGAAGCCGUGUAAAAGCAGAGAGGAACAAUUGCAAUCAGUUACCUGGAGGAUGUAACGCGAGCCGGAACCGUGGCCAGCACCAGGUCCAGGGUCAACGUCUCGCGCGGCAAAGCUCAGCGGAAGCUUUGUCGUGAGGGCUCUCGGCUUGGAGCGUGGAACGCGCAAAAAAUAUGGGAUGGUCGUGGAAUCACAGGAAGAAAGAGUCAAGAUAAUUGCAACGAGAUAGAGCCCACAGUCAAGAAUGUGGGAUUUUUGAAAAUCAACAGAACGGUAGAGGAGAGUCGGACAAGGCGGCAGAUAAUCGUUCGCAUCGUCGAAGCGAGGAUCUCUGAAUUAUCGAACGUCGUGUGUAGCUUAUUAGUGGCUGUCGUUAUCGGCGUCGAGAGCGGAGAAAACGAAGACACGAGGACGGACGAGCGGAGGUGACUCGGCAGAAACGGAAGAAAAAGAAAGAACUCGCGAACAAAACGGAGAAGUAGCCUUCAGAGAGAAGUAGCCUUCUACCUCCUGGGAAAUACAUCGAGACGUCCGUCUUUCGGAGGCCAGUCCAGAAGUGACGCCUUUUCCAAAAUUGAUCCUUCCAUUAAAUCGGCAAGAGCGAACACGAGCGGACGCCGGAAGAAUGUAAAUAGUUCCCGCUCGCGCGAGAGAGAGAACGUAUGCGGAUCGCUGCGACAAAGUGGCACAACGUUCGCGGCCAUUAUUGCGAUGUCAGCGACCGGCUCAGAGGAAAACGCGCGCUUCUUUCUUCCUUAAUGUCGAUGCCGACGACCGCCUACACCGACCGCUUUUCGAUAUAUUCGCGUAAUAUUUUACUGUGCGCGCGCGAGAGAUAGAGAAAGAGAGAGAGAGAGAGAGAGAGAGAGAGAGAGAGAGAGGAGCGGAGAGAAAUAGAGAGAAAGUGGUAAAUGGCGUGUGUCGAUACUUUUCCUCGAUAGCCACUGAAUAGGCACUCUCGCAUCCUUCCGUCGUUUUGUACAGUCAUACCGUAAACGUAUUAGAAACGACAAGUAUUUUUUUACGCGUAGCUCAAACCUCGUUACGCUUAUUUCCCUGCUGAAAACUAUUCCGCGAUUAGCGCGCGCUAAUCUCAGCGCUGCCGCUCGCGUCGUACUGCUCGAGAAUACAACGUGUCCAAUUUUUCCCUUUCCCGGAGGCUUCUCACCGCGCGGCGCCUGUGUGUGCGACGAGGGAGAAGGAAUAUCGUCGAAAUUUGCUCUACGGCGCCACGCCUGCGACAACCUCUUCGUCAGGAAGACGGGGACGUGUCAUCUUUCGUCGUCCUGCCUCUGUUUGCCCUCUCCCCCACAGUGAUGAAGGUGGUAUGUUUAUGACGAAGGUGGUUUAUCUUUUCAUAGGUGGCACGCUGCGACGGUGGUGUUAAGUGUGCAGUGAUCACGGGUGAUCGAGGGAAGACGGGAAAGAAGGUGGUCAAUAUGACUCCUAUCUUCCUCGUCGUGUUGCUGGCGAUUGACCCGAUUAUCGCGCAGAAUACCGGAAACAUCAGCGACUCGCACUACAUCACAUACAUGACAAGUCCGCCGACGAUUCUGGUGAAGCCACAAUCGCAGCAGGUGAAGGCAGGCGGGAUAGCGAGCUUUUACUGCACUGCGGAAGGAGCACCGCCGCCCCAGAUACACUGGCGAAAGAACGGCAAGAGAAUUUCACAAUCCCAAUCCCGGUACGCGGUGCACCCGUAUGAAAAUGGUGCUUUACUGCGGAUCGAACCUGUCAAGCCGGCGCGCGACAAUACCAACUACGAGUGCCUAGCUGAGAACGGAGUCGGCGAUGCUGUUUCAGCCGAGGCGACGCUCACCGGUUAUGAAACGGAGAAUCUACCGAUGGGUUUCCCAAUGAUCACCCAAGCGCCAACGACGAAGGUAGUCGAGAUGGGUCACAACGCGGUUCUCCUUUGUACCGCGGUUGGAUCCCCGACGCCCAUCAUCUCCUGGGUGCGAGAUAUGCUGCCUAUCGACACGUCAAAUCCACGAUAUACCGUUCUGGAUUCCGGUGCCUUGCAAAUUACCGAAUCCGACGUAAGCGAUCAGGGGAAGUAUGAAUGCGUUGCUAACAAUUCCGUAGGCACAGAGUACUCCAAGUCGACUACGUUGUACGUGAAAGUACGUCGCGUUUCACCAAGCUUCUCGAUUCCUCCACCGGCGGUGAGCGAGAUAAUGCUGGGAGGAGCACUAAAUCUCACCUGCGUCGCGGUAGGCGCGCCUAUGCCCUAUGUCAAAUGGAGAAGAGACCCGGCAGUCGAUCUAACGCCGGAGGACAAUCUGCCAGUCGGCAAAAACGUCCUGAUAUUGACCGACAUCAAGGAAUCCGCUAAUUACACGUGCACGGCGGCCAGCGAUCUUGGUGUAAUCGAGGCGACCACGAUGGUGAAAGUUCAAUCUCUUCCCGGCCCGCCAGAGAACGUUCAAGUGUCGGACAUCACCGCGACGUCGGUGAAGCUGAGCUGGUCCUACAAAGGACCGGAUGAGCUGCAGUAUUACGUAAUUCAGCAUAAACCGAAGCACGUGAACCAGGCAUAUGCCGAGAUAUCCGGUAUCACGACGAUGUACUACCAUGUUAGGAGUCUCAGCCCGUAUACGGAGUACGAGCUUUACGUAAUAGCUGUGAACAGCAUCGGGCGUGGUCCCCCAAGUGCCCCGGUGAUAGUCACCACUGGUGAAACAACGGAAUCAACGAAUGGAGGUGCCAAACCCGGUACAGCGCCGCGGAAAGUUCAGGUACGACCGUUGAGCUCUAGCACGAUGGUCAUACAGUGGGACGAACCGGAAACCCCAAACGGUCAAGUGACGGUCGGUGUCUUUUUCAAAAUUAUUUGUCAUCGCGAUUUUCCCGCGAUCGCCACGUUAUCGCUAACGAGCGCGCGAUAUGCCCCUUCACAGGGAUACAAAGUGUACUACACGACGGAUUCGAAUCAGCCCAUGGUGUCGUGGCAGUACCAAAUGGUGGACAACAACCAGUUAACAACCAUCUCGGAUCUGACGCCGCAUACGAUUUAUACCAUAAGAGUCCAAGCGCUUACGAGUGUCGGCCCUGGACCUCUCAGUCUCCCGGUGCAAACCAAAACUCAGCAAGGGGUACCGAGUCAACCAGAAAUGCUAACGGCGGUCGAUAUCGGGGAGACCAAAGUAAUGCUCCAAUGGAGCAAGCCCGCUCAUAGCGCUGAGAAUAUUCUCAGCUAUGAGCUAUAUUGGAACGACACUUAUGCAAAGGAGAAGCAUCAUCGUAGGAUUCCGGUCACCGAGAACUACACCCUAACUGGCCUGUAUCCGAACACCCUGUACUACGUGUGGCUGGCCGCGAGGAGUCAGAGAGGAGAGGGUGCCACGACGAUACCGUAUCCGGUUCGCACCAAACAGUACGUCCCCGGUUCUCCACCUCGCAAUGUAACCGGCAAGGCGAUCAGUCCGACCUCCAUAUUGGUAACGUGGGAACCGCCGACCGCUGAACGCUCCAACGGAAGGAUCGCCUACUACAAGCUGAAAAUCGUCGAGAGCGGUCGCUCCGAUACCGAGGCGAGGAUUAUCAAACUGAAUGACACGCGUUUCGUGUUGGACGAGCUCAAAAAGUGGACCGAGUAUCGGAUCUGGAUACUGGCCGGGACCAGAGUAGGUGACGGGCCCCCGAGUUAUCCUAUCUUGGUCAGAACUCAUGAGGACGCUGAAAAAAUGCCGGGGGAUCCUCAGGACGUCAAAGUCACGCCGAUCAACUCGACGGCGAUACACGUCGAGUGGAAGCCGCCGAAAGCGAAAGAUCAGAACGGCGUCAUACGGGGGUAUCACAUACACGUGCAAGAAGUGAGGGAGGAGGGGAAAGAUACUCUACUGAACGAACCGAUACGGCGAGACGUGCACGAGGACGGCGUGUUAGAGGUGAACAUCACGGGGCUGCAACCGGACACGAGAUACUCGGUGCAAGUGGCGGCGUUGACGAGAAAAGGAGACGGGGACCGUUCGGUACCGAUACAUGUUAGAACUCCGGGCGGUGUACCAAACAGGCCGCAAGUCAACGUGAAAGUCCUGAGCAGAGGACCCGAGCCCGUCUUGGAGCUCGAAUGGGGCCAACCUACUCUAACUUACGGCAAUCUAUUGGGAUAUCGUAUCCGAUAUGGUCUCAGGAAUCAAACGCUUAAAGAGGAAUUUAUCGAGGAUACGCGUCAACAUACGUACAAAAUCACGGAUCUCGGAGAACAAGGCGUCGAAUACGAGUUCAGAGUAGCAGGCAAGAAUGAUAUCGGCUUCGGUCAGGAGACUGUGCGAUACUGGUUCAGUCCGGAAGGCGAGCCAACGGGACCACCAACGAAUCUAUCGUACUUCUUUCAAACUCCCGACACUGUGUGCGUGACUUGGGAUAAACCGCUUCGACAGCACAGAAACGGCCAGAUAAUCGGUUACGACGUGCAGUUCAACAAGAAGAACGAUCACUCUACCACUACAGAUAGAAAUACGACCAAAACGAGGGCGGUAUUCACCAAUCUGGAGGAGAACACUGAAUACGUUUUUCACGUGCGAGCACACACAUCGAAAGGCAGUGGCCCGUAUUCCGAGAAAAUCACGAUAAUGACGGAAAAGGACAUCGGUCGAGCUCCAAUGUCCGUGAGAGCCGUGGCCACGUCGGACUCCAGCGUGGAAGUAUGGUGGGAGCCGGUGCCUAACAGAGGAAAGAUCGUCGGUUAUCAGAUCUUUUACACUACCACUGCCGUAGAGGAUCUCGAUGAGUGGAAGCAAAAGAGUGUUGGUCUAACGGAAUCGGCGGAUCUCGUUAAUCUAGAGAAAUUCACGCAAUAUGCUAUAACGGUAGCGGCACGGUAUAAAACUGGCUUGGGAAGACUGAGCGAAAAAGUUACGGUAAAAGUAAAGCCAGAAGACGUCCCGUUGAAUCUUAGAGCGCCAGAUUCGUCAACACAUUCGAUGUCCCUCUCUUGGACUCCGCCUAUAAGACUGACACCGAUGAAAUACAAAGUCUCGUUCGAUGCUGUUAAAGAAUUCGUGGAUUCCCAAGGAAUAACGCAAACACAGAUUGUGCCACGCAGACAAAUUACUUUGGAUCCCCAAGUCACGACUACGACCAUAAACGAAUUGCAACCGUUUACGACUUAUAACGUCAACGUGAGCGCUGUACCGCGCGACGGUCAGUAUAGACCACCGGCGAAGAUUACAGUUACCACACAAAUGGCCGCACCCAAGCCAAUGGUAAAGCCAGAUUUUUACGGUGUAGUGAAUGGUGAAGAAAUUCAAGUUAUUCUACCGCAAGCUUCCGAGGAAUAUGGGCCAAUCUCGCACUAUUACCUCAUUGUUGUGCCCGAGGACAAAAGUACAGCCGACAAACAGCCGGAUGAACUAACUGAGGAUAUGAUCAGCGGAAAAGGUGCCAAGCAGGAAAAAGAAAAUGCGCCUUAUAUCGCAGCUAAGUUUCCACAUAGAGACAUUCCGUAUACGUUCCAUUUAGGUAGCGGAGACAUCUACGAGGGAUACGAAAAUCGAAGGCUCGUCAAAAAUAAACGUUAUAGGAUAUUCGUAAGAGCCGUAGUUGAUACUCCACGAAAGCAUUUAUACACGUCAUCACCAUUUUCCGAAUACUUGUCUCUGGACAUGAGAGAAGUACCUCCCGGUGAGCCACCUCGUCGUCCGAAUCCCAAUACACCUUCAGAUGGAAACCCAGAAGUUUCCGUAAAAACUAGCGGUCAAGAGCCAGGAAUGCUUUGGGUCGUUGGUCCUAUAAUCGCGGCAUUGAUGGUCAGCGUUUGUCUUGUGCUUUUAUUCGUUAUUAAAAAACGAAGACAACCGUGUAAAGCACCGGAUCAAGCAGCUGUUACACGACCGCUUAUGGCGGCGGAUAUAAGCUCUAAUCACGCGCCUUCGGAUCCGGUGGAAAUGCGACGAUUAAAUUUCCAAACCCCUGGUAUGAUCUCGCAUCCGCCGAUUCCUAUCAGCGAACUGGGCAAUCACAUUGAACGCCUGAAAGCGAACGACAAUCUGAAGUUCAGUCAAGAAUAUGAGUCAAUAGAGCCCGGCCAACAAUUCACAUGGGACCAUUCCAAUAUGGAAGUCAACGCGUCAAAGAAUCGUUACGCCAAUGUAAUCGCAUACGAUCAUUCGCGAGUCAUCCUUCAAACCGUCGACAGUAUGCCAGGUUCCGAUUACAUCAAUGCAAAUUACUGCGAUGGUUACAGAAAACAGAACGCGUACGUGGCCACUCAAGGACCAUUGCAAGAGACGUUCGGAGACUUUUGGCGCAUGUGUUGGGAGUUGCGUACAAGUACAAUCGUGAUGAUGACAAAAUUGGAAGAGAGAACGAGGAUAAAAUGCGAUCAAUAUUGGCCUACUAGGGGAUCCGAGACUUAUGGACAAAUGACUGUGACCAUUAGUGACAUUCAAGAAUUGGCAACCUACUGUAUUCGCACAUUCCAGGUAUGCCGAGCGGGCUACUCCGAGCGACGAGAGAUCAAGCAGUUGCAAUUCACAGCGUGGCCCGAUCAUGGCGUACCAGAACACCCCGCACCAUUCUUACAAUUCUUGCGCAGAGUUAGAUCCCUCAAUGUACCCGACAGCGGACCAUUGGUGGUGCAUUGUAGCGCGGGUGUAGGAAGAACUGGUUGUUUCAUUGUGAUAGACUCGAUGUUAGAAAGAAUCAAACAUGAGAAGAUGAUCGAUAUCUAUGGUCACGUCACGUGUUUACGAGCUCAGAGGAAUUACAUGGUACAAACGGAGGAUCAAUACAUCUUCAUUCAUGACGCUCUGUUCGAGGCGGUAAUUUGCGGCAAUACGGAAGUGCCGGCUAGAAAUUUGCAUUCUCAUAUUCAGAAACUCAUGCAGCCGGAAAUCGACAAUAUAACCGGAAUGGAACUAGAAUUCAAGAAGCUUUCCAAUAUCAAGGCCGAUUCGACUAGAUUUAUAUCCGCGAAUCUACCUUGUAACAAGCACAAGAACCGAUUGGUUCAUAUUCUGCCUUAUGAAUGCACCAGAGUAUGCCUGCAGCCGCAGCGUAAUAUCGAAGGAUCUGAUUACAUAAAUGCGAGCCUGAUCGAUGGAUACCGCUAUCGAGGUGCCUACAUAGCCACGCAAGGGCCUCUAUGCGACACAACCGAUGAUUUCUGGCGUAUGUUGUGGGAGCAUAAUUCUACGAUCGUCGUUAUGCUGACGAAACUGAAAGAGAUGGGCAGAGAGAAGUGUCACCAGUAUUGGCCGUCCGAUCGUUCUAUUCGUUAUCAAUGCUUUGUCGUGGAUCCGAUCGCGGAAUAUAAUAUGCCACAGUAUAUUCUACGAGAGUUCAAGGUGACGGAUGCGCGCGACGGAGCUAGUCGCACGGUCAGACAAUUCCAAUUUAUUGACUGGCCGGAGCAAGGUGUGCCGAAAUCUGGCGACGGUUUCAUCGACUUCAUCGGACAGGUGCACAAAACGAAGGAACAAUUUGGUCAGGAUGGACCGAUCACCGUGCACUGCAGUGCCGGUGUAGGAAGAACGGGUGUCUUCAUAACGCUUAGCAUCGUGUUAGAGCGAAUGCAGUACGAGGGUGUGGUCGAUAUAUUUCAGACUGUAAGAAUAUUGCGCACGCAACGUCCAGCUAUGGUUCAAACCGAGGAUCAGUAUCAGUUCUGCUAUCGGGCCAGUUUGGAGUAUUUAGGCUCCUUUGAUCAUUACGCCAACUGACAAGCCGACUCUCGCGAACAGAGGGAUCUGUCGAGGGACAAACGAGACCGGCAAAGAUGCGAGAGAGAUGUCGAGAGGGCAAAAGUACGACGUGUCUAGUACAAUAAAGUCAUGUCACAUACUCGUACCUUCCAAGGACAAAUACAGUAGCAGCGCGAUUACUAGUGUCGUGGGCAGUUAAUAUAGAGAUGAAAUGUUUAGUCAAUGGUGUUGCAGUAAAUGCAUAUACGCUGGAAAUUUUCACUCUUGACAUAGCAAAUGAAAUUGUGCUGAGCAUUCGGCUUAGGCUAAUCUCUUUUUAGAAACUAGAUUUGAAAGUUCCCUCGCGAUGACGCGUCUCAAAACUGCCGCUUAGAAAUACGUACAAUGCGCGUGGUUAUGCAAGCGAUUCUGUACGAUAAUCCUUGUACGAUGUCACGUAGGUGUUAUUUUUUUUACGCGUAACAAAGCGGAUUUCUUAAUUUCCAGACAUUCUCUCAUAUCGAGGAAUCAAUUAUCUAAAUGCGUCGAUGUAAUCAAAAUUACAAGUUGUCAUCACGUAGGAUUCGCAAAUUAGUAAAUUGGAACAUAUCCCAUUUUCAAAUCGAUCAUUCACAGAAGCAUUUCUUAAGAUCUAAAUAAUCUAAUUUUAAGGUAGACUGAAGAUAUUACGACCAUAUCUUUCCCAUUCACAAAACACAAUGCAUUUUUUGUGCAUGGUAUCUCUUACAAACUGAGACGACAAAGAUCAAAAUCUUUCUUGCUUGGGAUAAGAGUGCUUCCUUCAAUAGCAUAAAUUGCAUAAAGGAAUGAAACGAUCUCGAUGUCAACGUUUAUAUUUGUGAGAGACAGAAUACCAAAAUGCACAAUUAAUUGCAUGUGUGAAACGCACAUCAUGAAGAUAAGAAUCCAUAAUUCGUCAUACGUGGCGUAUUCCACGCGAGUACUUAUUAAGGUAGAAAAAAAAGAAACCAAUUUAGUGACUUUCUUUAGCUAUUAUAAAAAAAGAAAGAGAGAGAUGAAAAUUUCCGCUCACAAGAAAAGAGAAAAUUGCCAUACUGCCAAAUUGACAAUUAUUAAUGCUGUACUCAUUAUGAACGGUAGGGAUCUUCUUAUUACCUAUUAUAAUAAUGUUAGAUAGAUUGUAAGAAAUUGUUUUAAGGAUAGAUUAAGCGACGCCAUUAGAGAAAUGAGGAUGAAAGAAGAACCCGAAUUGAAGAAGGAUGAAAGGAAACGGUGCCUAUUCAAUGAAAGGUGCGCGAAUGAUGUUGCGCACGUGCUACAAAA